AUGUCCAUGCGUGUGAGGUACCGGGGCACUUACACCAUAAAGCCCGAGACAGAGACGUGGAGUGGCCACCUACCACUCUCGGAGUUGGAUCAAAUCUGCAUCAUCACCCAUACGCCCACUACUUACUUCUACAAACCGCCCCCAGAAUGGCUCCACCCGGCCGAUGCCAUCUUCAGCACUCUCCGGGGUUCAUUGAGCCGCGUGCUGGUCCCGUUCUAUCCGCUCGCUGGAAGGCUCAGGUGGCUCGAUGGGGGACGGCUUCGACUUGAUUGCAAUGCCAUGGGCGUCCCACUAAUUGAGGCCGAAUCGGAAGCCGAGCUCAGUGACUUGGGCGAUUUUUGUCCAGGUCCGGAGUACGAACAGAUUGUGCCAAGCUUGGACUACACUAUGCCAUUCCAUGAGCUACCGCUAUUGCUAGUUCAAGUCACCAAGUUCAAGUGUGGGGGGCUCGCCUUGGGUGUCAGUAUAUCUCAUGUGGUUACUGAUGGGCUGAGUGCUACUUAUUUUUUGGAUGAGUGGGCCCGCCUUGCCCGUGGUGAGCCACUGAAUGUUGAGCCGUACUUUGAUAAAAAGGUUUUAUGGGCGGGUGAAGAAGAUCCAUCCAGCACGCUGCGGUCGCCGCCGAACUUGGAGCACCCCGAGUUCAACGACCCGCCAUUGCUAAUUGGCCACACUGACAACCUAGAACAGCGCAAGAAGAAGACCACCAUGGCCAUUCUAAGGGUGACGAAAACCCAAGUUGAAACCCUAAAGAAGGCUGCGAACAAGGACCGACCCAGCCACCACCCACGCCCCUACACCCGAUUUGAGAUUAUGGCCGCCCACAUAUGGCGGUGUGCGUGCAAGGCACGCAAACACAGACCCGAGCAGGCGACCUCGCUUUACUUCUACGUGGAUGCCCGCAGUCGCCUGCGGCCACCCCUAAAGCCCGGAUUCUUUGGCAAUGCGGUCUUGCAAGUGGCCGCUGCUGGCACAUCCGGCGAGUUGGUGUCCAGCCCGCUCGGGUGCACCUCGAGCAAGAUUCGAGAGGUCAUUGAGGCAGUGACCCACGACCAUUUCAAGUCGGCCAUUGAGCACAUCCGGAGACAACCGGACCUGACCAGGUUUCAGGAGCUGGAUAUCCUAGGAAGCACUCAAGGGGCUUUCUAUGGAAACCCUAAUCUCGGGGUGAGCAGCUGGCUGUCGUUAAUGGUGUACGGCCUUGACUUCGGGUGGGGGAGAGAGAUUCACAUGGCGCCUGCGACCCACGAAUACGACGGCGAAUGUGUGGUUAUUCCAAGUCUUGAGGAAGCCGGUGGCUUGCUGGUGACCGUGGGCUUGCAAAUAGAGCACAUGGAGGAUUUCAAGAAGUUCUUCUAUAAGGAUAUCGUCGAGUAA